CAGUGGCUGUCAGUACAGUGGCUAUCACUCCCUGAUUCCUUAGUUUCAGAUAUUAACCCCAUCAUGCUCACUGACACCGAUUACUAAGGAGUUACACUGGCCCAACAUGAUUUGAAUAGUAUACUAGUUAUUACUACAACAAUAGUAGUAUAACGUGAUCAUAUGUUAAAUGUUAAUUCAUUCCUGUUAUUGAUGUAUUGAUAUAUUACUAGUGCUCCAGUAGCAGGGAGGGGUUGAGUUACUAGUCUCCUCCGUAGUGCGUCAAUCUGCCUUCUCUUGGUUUCAGAACCCACUAUGUUACCCCUCCGACUCCUCCUUUUCGUCUUCCUUUCAAUUGCUAGAUUGGAACCGCUGUCCAUGGAGGAGAAGUUAAAAGUUUCCACCUCUAAAUAUACCGAUAUAAUUCACAACAGAGAGAAGAGAUGGAAGUCAGAUAAUGGAACGUACAAAAUAGAGAAUGACGAGGACUUGUUUAACCAGUUCACAACGGAACAGUUUACCUGGAUCGACAAUGUGUUUACUAAUAAAGAUCCCUCCUACUAUAACUACACUGGCUACAACUCUUUCGAGCCUAUAAGAAGUGAGCUGUACAGAUUAGCUGAUAAGUACGAUUACGUUGACGUGGAGGUGUAUGGAAUAACGCACGAGAAGAGGGAACUGAUCGCACUUCAUAUCAACAAGGGAGAUAAAGAUGAUGUAGUGGUCCUGAACAGUCUCAUUCACGCCAGGGAGUGGGUAGUCGGUUGCGUCACCAUGAACAUUAUUCACCGGUUGCUGGAGUACGACACAGUCGGGGCUAAACUCCUACUCAACAACUUCCACUUCGUUAUUAUUCCUGUGGUGAACCCUGACGGUUACGAGUACACACACACAAAGAACAGAAUGUGGAGAAAGAACAGAGAACCAACAUUAAUGCCCGGUUGUUUUGGAGUGGACAUUAACAGGAACUUUAUGUAUGGCUAUAAACCAUUUGUAGUUGGGAUCGGUAAUAAUAACAAUGGGCCUUGCAGCGAACAGUUCCCCGGAACUAAAGCUCUCUCUACCAAAGAGAGUUUGGCUCUGAAUCUACUGUUGUUCAAGAACCGCCACAAUAUGCGUUACUACAUAGACUACCACACAUACGGUAACAUGUGGACUAACGCUUACGGGGCCACUAGCUGGCUCCCUAAAAAUGAGAAACAGUUGAAACGAUACAGAGAAAACGUGGAGCGCAGUUUUAUGAAUUCGUUAGGAGUAAAGUGGAAAACAGGAGGAGUACACGAGGUUAUAUACGAGUGUAAUGGAAUUCUGGUUGAUCACGCGCAUUACUACAUCACACCUAUAGCUUUCACUGUUGAGGUGGGAUCUACUCACGAUGAGUUCACAGUACCUGACACCCGGUUAGACACCUACAUUAUCUCACAGUGGUUAGCUCUCGUCUCCCAGCUCGAGCUUCUCCACUCGGAGAUACAGUCAGGACAGUACAUGGAGGACAGAACGAGGAACUGGAGACGGACUAGCAUGAUGAAAUGAACUUUACAAGAAGGAGCAUACACUGGGGAACAAUAGCGUUAUAUUAAGU